AUGGAUGAUACAGCGGCUAAUGAUAGUCGUUUUACUUGUACGAGUGGAAAAACAAUUCAAGCGCCCAAUGGAGCACCAUGGGGCGAUUGGGGAUCAUGGGCUGAAUGCUCACAAUCAACAGCAAUUUGCGGAUUCGCAAUAAGAUUUGAGCCGGAUGUUCGUGGAGGUGAUGAUACAGCAAUGAAUGGUGCCAGAUUUGCAUGUUGCUCAACAAAAUAA